AUGGCGGAGCAGUGGGAUCUGGACGAGGAGGGCAUCCGCCGCCUGGGGGCGCUGACCCCUGUGGAGCAGCCGGAACUGGUGGAGUCUCUUUCAUUGCAGGGAUCAUAUGCUGGAAAAAUUCAUUCCAUUGGUGAUGCUUUCAGAAAUUUUAAAAAUCUCCGAUCUUUAGAUUUGUCGAGGAAUUUGAUCACUAGCCUAAAGGGCAUCCAGUAUUUGUGUUCACUCCAAGACCUGAAUUUAUAUUAUAACAACAUUCCUUCCUUAGUGGAGGUUUCCCGGCUACAGCCUUUACCCGUCCUCAGAGAGCUGGAUUUGAGACUCAAUCCUGUUGUGAGAAAAGACACAGACUACAGGCUCUUUGCUGUGUACACGCUACAAACUCUGGAGAAAUUGGAUGACCGAACCGUACGUGAAAGCGAGAGGAAAGCUGCCAAGUUGCAUUUCAGUCAGUUGGGCAACAGUGAAAAUUUUCUUUUAGAGGUAGAUAAAAGCUCUAGGGAGAAGACGAUGAAAAACGGUGUGACAGAUGAGAGCUCUGCAUCGCAAGUCAAGGCUGAUGUUGACACUAGGAUUGAAACAGACUCAAACAAAGGACUUUUUAUUCCCUUCACUAACCGGGAAAUAAAGGAUUCCCUGACCAGUACUUCUGCAACCCACGGCAGUGGUACACCAGAUCAGAAAGCAGACACCUUCCCACUGGGGACACAGAUGCAGGAAGUGACAAGAAGGGAAAUAUCAAGUGACAAUCAACAGGAAGAUGAAUUCAGACACUACUCACCUCGUCAGUCCACAGUCCGAUCCCCAGAGAAGAUGCCUAGAGAAGGGUACCGAGUAUCUUUUUUGGAAAACAAGUCUUCAGGUUCUUCUCCAGAAAAGAACUUGAUACCAAAAUCUGAUACUUACCAUCUUACCCAUGAUGCCUCUUUGGGUAAACGCCUGGACGUGGGAGAUUCUAGCCAGAUCCAUCCCUAUCAGUUACCUUCAGACGCUGGUCUGGAAAAUUAUGAUAAUCAUUAUUCUCAAACUCUAUCCCUGCAUGGAAGUCUUGGUAAAAGGCCUCAGAGAAGCAAGAACUACCGAGAAUAUAGCAUAAAGCAUUCAAAUGAUAUAAAGGCCACCACAUCCCAUUCCUGUGGAGACUUACUGACUUCUCCGUCAAACCCUGACUCCAGCACCGGAAGGCUUUUGAAGCUUAGUUCAGAUCUAUAUGCCACAACCCAUUUCAACAGUGACCCUGUCCUGGUGGCCAACGUGGAGCAACAGUUAUCCACCAGCCUCAGUGAUUUACCAGCAGCACAUGGUUCUUUCCCAAACAACUCUAUCCUGGAAAAUUCUCUGCGGAUGCUGAUGUUGCCUCCUGGGACUUCAGAGGACAGAGAGAUUUCAAUCAAGAGGUCAUUAAGCCCAUCGAGAAGAGGAUUCAAACGGAAAGACAAAAUCCUUGCCAACUUGAAUCCAAAGCAUGGUUUCAGAGAUGCUACUGGCAACGAGCCUCUCUCUAGUGACCUGGGCAGUUUGCAUGGUUUGCCGGGAAACCACAGUCCCCCAAUCUCUGCCAGAACCCCACAUGUGGCCACUGUCCUCAGGCAGCUCCUGGAGCUCGUGGACAAGCACUGGAGCGGGUGUGGCUCCCUCCUUCUCAACAAGAAGUUUCUCGGUCCUGCCCGAGAUUUGCUUCUCUCUUUGGUAGUCCCUGCUCCUCCUCAGCAGUGGUGUCGCUCACAUCCUGAAGACACGACCAAAACCUUCCGCAGGAGGGAGACUGAGCUGAAGGAGUUCGGACAGCUGGUCCCCAAUGACACGGAGAGUUUGAAGCAAAAACUGGUCAGAGUACUGGAGGAAAACUUCAUUUUGUCAGAAAAAAUUCAACAAUUAGAGGAAGGUGCUGCCCCCUCACUUGUGAGUGGGCAUCAGUCCCAUACUUACGAUGAGCUUCUGCGCAAAAACCAGCAACUGAGCAUGCAAGUGGCUUGCCUGAACCAGGAGCUUGCCCAGCUAAAAAAGCUGGAGGAGACAGUUGCCCUUCUCCAUGAAAGUCAGAGAUCCCUGGUGGUAACUAAUGAGUAUUUGCUGCAGCAGCUGAAUAAAGAGCAAAAAGGUUAUUCCGGGAAAGCACUCCUGCCUCCUGAGAAGAGCCAUCAUUUGGGGAGAUCGUCGCCCUCCGGGAAAGGCACGUUGUCUUCCUCAUCCCCGGGGGCACACGACAGCAGUCAGUACCUCAUACAGAGCGUCUCCGACGCAGUCCCAGAGCCUGGUUUAUGGAGCUAGCAGCAGGCACCGGGCCGCGGCUUCCCUCACCCACCAGGGCCCUCAGAGUGCCGUCGCCACAGUUUGGUGGGAUUUACCCACAACGAUGAAGAAAAACGCGUAUUCUAAUUAUGCU